ACCGUCGUGAUACUUUCUGUUGGAACUACACAAGGACUGGUCAAUACACAGUUAAAUCUGGAUACUGGGUUGCCCAAAAUCUUUUGAAGCAAGAAGAGGAAAAGGAAAUACUGGAAGUUGAAAGCGCCAAGGAAGAUGUGCCAUCUUAUAUGGCAACUGAUAUCGGGCCAAGUGGCAGUAACGAGGAACCUCGUACGCCGGAAUAUGAGAUGUGACAAUUACUGUCCGAGGUGCGGAGAAGUAGAAGAAUCUGUAACCCAUGCAAUAUUUGAAUGCCCUCCAGCUCUCCAAGUAUGGUCCUUAUCAGGGAUUCCUACGAGCCCAGGAAUAUUUCCAGUGUCAAGCGUCUACACAAAUAUGGACUAUCUAUUUUGGAGGAAAAAUGAUAUCCUAGAACCUGACCAGGACAGGGAUCCUUAUCCCUGGAUAGUAUGGUAUAUUUGGAAGGCUCGCAAUGAAAAGCUUUUCAGGGGAAUAGAUAGAGAUCCUCUAGAACUAGUUCGAUACGCAGAAACCGAAUGUCAAGCAUGGUUUAAUGCAAAUGAGAGAAUACCGCAAGUAGCUCAGCCCAACAACAAUGAAGGAAACCAAGUCUUAAGCUUGGGAAAUAUCUGCCUGCUAGAUGGAUCUUGGACAGACUCAGAUCGAUACAGUGGAUGUGGUUGGGUCUGGAUGGACUGUGGGGAGAAUAUACAGCUUAUGGGAACUCGGAAUUUUUCUCGAUGUGAAUCUGCAUUACAUUCGGAGAUAGAAGCACUACGUUGGGCGAUGGAGAACAUGCUUCAACACUCGUCAUGUCAGAGCUUUGGAACAGACUGUAAGGAACUGAUUGCUAUGAUAGAGAAACCCCAGGAGUGGCCAAGAUUCGCGACAGAAUUGGAGAAGAUAGAGACGCUGCAGAUUUGUUUUCCGGACUUCAAGAUCAUUCAUGUGCCACGAGCGCGCAACCAGUUUCCUGAUUUUUUAGCUAAGACAGCUAGGACUUUCCGUAGGGUGCUACUUUUUAUUGGUUGUUCUAUUCCGGUCUGGUUACCUAGACCACCUCAAGCUUGAGUAAUAGAAUAGCCGUUUGCCGUUAAAAAAAAAAAAAAAAAAAAAAAAAAAAAAAAAAAAAAACUUAAAAUCAAGUGGCCGUAAGUAGAAUUGUCCAAAUUUUUAUAACUAACCAAGUCUCUUACAUAUAUUUCCAGUGUGGAUCUUUUUAGUUAAAAAAGAUAUAGUGAAAGGAUAAAAAAUUGGAUAUUGUACUAAAUCAGUUUUAUAUAGUUUUGUCUUAUAUAUGCAACUGGUUCUGAAAUUAAAGAGAGAGAGAACGGUGUAAUCCUUGUGAAAACUAAUUUUACGGGUUGAUUGUUUCUUAUGCUAUCAUAUUUUGGGUGUGUGAUCAUGGUUGUUGGUGUUUGAACACUUUCCACCACAAAUAUAAAAUAUUUAUAACAAAAAUAUCUUGUAAUUCAUAUUCUGUACCCACAUAAAACGCCACAUUACACGAUGAAUACAUAAAGGAUAUCCAUAUAUAUAUAUAUAUAUAUAUAUAUAUAUAUAUACACUAGAUCGCGAUCUGCUGUGCGGGUUUUAUUCUCUCUAUACUAUUCUAAUUUAUAUAAUACUAGAUUUUGAUCCGCCCUUAAAAGAGCAUGUAUAUUUUUUGCUUUACAUUUUUAAGAAAUUUAAUUUUUAUAUUUGCGUUUUUUUUAGAAACUUAAUUUUCAGAUUUUUGUUUUUCUUGGUAAUUUUAUGUGUUUUUCUUUGUAAUUAUAUUUGUGUAUAAAUCUUAAUCAAAAUCUAUUUUAUAAAUAAUAUCAAUUUAAAAGUUGAUCCGGCAUACGCUCGGUUCUUUGUAAUCAUAUUUGUAUUUUCUAGAUCUUGACUCGUGAGUAUACAAUUGGUUUGUAAUUUUUGGUUUUUAUGUUUCUGUAAAUAUGUAACAUUUUAUGUAGUUUUUUCUUAUAUGCUAAAGAAAUUUAAUUUAUGUACACUUAUGGUAAUUAAGAAUAAGAAUGAACUGAAGGCAUUCUUUGGGCUUCUAGUAGGAUUAUCCUAACGUAGUGGUUAGUGUAUAUUAACAGAAAAACAGUAGGGUUAUUUUUUUUUUUACUUGUUGAUAACCACCCUUAUGUAUUGGUUAUUGUUUAAAUAAAAUUAAAUGAAGGGAGUAAAUAAUUGGACAUAACAUUUAUCAAUAGAUACUAAAGCGAAUCAAUCCAUUUUUAGUCUAUUUACUUGAAAUUUGUUUUGAUAUUUUUUAAUAAAAUAAAAUUAAUUUAUUAGUUUAACUUGUUUUAUAUUUAAUAAAUAUUUUUUAUAUUUGAUUUAAUAAACCGCAAAAACUACAAUCGUGAAAACAUAAAUAAUUACCUGGUACACUAUAAAAGUAAAAUAUUAUAAAUAUUAACUAACUUUAGAUAAUUUUUAUUAAAAAUAGAUAAUAAUUAUAAUGGUGGUCAUAUUAUAUUAAACAAAUAGUUUAAAUUCAAUUAAAUCAUAUAUAUUGAUCUAAAUUUGAAAUGUUGGUCGUUUGUUGUAAAAAUAAAAAAAAGAGUACAGAUAAUGGUUAUAUUAAAUAUUUGAUAGGUUAAUUAUAAAACCAAAACAUGAACCAAAGAACUAAAUAUCAUAGAUAGAAGAAUUGGCUGUAAUAUUCUGUGGAUGAUAAAUACCAUGGUCCCAAUUUCAAAACAAAAACAUUAUACCAUGGUCUCUGAAACUUGAUAGUGGCCUUCUCUAACGCGUGACCAAGAGUGUCGUAAAACUUAGCAUUAGAAUUUAGUUGUAACUUGUAACCAUCUACUAUUAUAUGUCAGCGAAACAUAUAUUAAUAAUUUUGUUAGUGAAGCAUAUAUUAAUAAUUUAUUUUUACACGUUCAGAUACAUCUGAUAACCGUUGCGUAUGAGAGGAGCCCGGGAAUGUUGGAACUUAAAGGGGAAGUUACAAAAUAUUUAGAUUUUCAAUUGGUAAUUUAAAUAUAGGUCUGAUGGCAUAAUAAAUAAUAUUCCAAAUAAUGACAGAGAUAAAAGAAAUAAUAGUUGGACCCUACUUUUAUCAAUAGGCCACACUAAUGUUUUAAUAGAAUAGAUUAUUAUGUAACAAUACAAUUCUACAUAACUUUUGUAUUUUGUAAGAAAAAUAUUUUGUAAACAUUAUUUUGUAACAAUAAUAUUUUACAUCAUUUUAUGUUUCAUUUCUAAAAUUUGAAAUUUAUAUAAAAAUUAAAUUAAACUGCACCUAUAUAAUAAAGAAUAAUGUUUUGGGAUACCAUUAGUUCAAAAUAUGCAUUACAUAAACAAUAGGAUAUCAAAAAAAAAAAUUCUAAAUUUCCUAACUCCAUUUUUCAUUUUUAUAGUCAUAAAUUAGUGGAAAACUAAAAAAAAAGAUCAAUCUAUCUAUAUAAAUAAAGUAGACUUGGGUCUCUUCAUAAUGUGCCACAUUAUCAGGAAGAGGGGUGCAAUUUCUGCCACGUGAUGAUAUUUUUAUUCUAAUUUCAGUCGAGUAUCUAUGAAAAAGUUUGGGUUACAUGUUUUGUUCGGAUUAAAUCGUUGGACUUUAUUUUUAUUUUUUUCUGGUAAGGCCCAGCUAAUAUUGUUUUGCAGGUAGAGGUGGAGAGAGUCUCCAGACUCUUCACAUAUCACCGCCUCUGGCGUACAUCUUUGUAACGGCCUCAAUUAUCUUCAGGUUAUAUUAAUCCAUGCAUUUACGCCUUCUGCACCACUCCUCCCAUUCUCUCCAACUAAAUCGCCCAUAGCAUCCUCCUCUGUAACCGACUGCUUCACCUAUAAAUGUAUCCACAGCUUGGGAUGAACAGUCCUACCGAAACGAAAUCCCAAAGGUCUUUCUCUCUCAAGCAUCAAAUCCAUCAGUGGCAGAAUUUGUUUACUCUACUCGCCGAUUUAACUACGGCGAGCAACCACCGUGUUUUAUUAAGUCUUUGUAUGUAUUUAACCAUUUUUAUCUAUCUAUCUAUCUAUCUAUCUAUCUAUCUAUCUAUCUAUCUAUCUAUCUAUCUAUCUAUCUAUUUAUCUAUCUAUCUAUCUAUCUAUCUAUCUAUCUAUCUAUCUAUCUAUCUAUCUAUCUAUCUAUCUAAAUAAAGUAGAGUUGGGUCUCUCCACAAUGUACCACAUCAUCAGGAAGAGGGGUGCAAUUUCUGCCACAUGGGGAUAUUUCAGUCGAGUUUCUAUGAAAAAGUUUGGGUUACAUGUUUUGUUCGGAUUAAAUCGUUGGGCUUUAUUUUUACUUUUUCUGGUAAGGCCCAGCUCAUAUUGUUCUGCAGGUAGAGGUGGAGAGAGAGUCUCCUGACUCUUCACAUAUCACCGCCUAUGGCUUACGUCUUUGUAACGGCUUCAAUUAUCUUCAAGUUAUAUUUAUCCAUGCAUUUACGCCUUCUGCACCACUCCUCCCAUUCUCUCCAACUAAAUCGCCCAUAGCAUCCUCCUCUGUAAUAGACUGCUUCACCUAUAAAUGUCUCCACUGCUUGGGAUGAACAGUCCUACCGAAACGAAAUCCCAAAGGUCUUUCUCUCUCAAGCAUCAAAUUCAUCAGUGGCAGAAGUUGUUUACUCUGCUCGCCGAUUUAACUACGGUGAGCAACCACCAUGUUUUAUUAAGGCUUUUACGUAUUUAAUUAUUUUUAUUAAGGCUUUGUACGUAUUUAACCUUUUUUUGUCAAAACCAUUCAACCUAGCAUCCAUUCUCAGGUUACACAGAGCUAUUCUCACUUAGGAAUGACUCAGUUCAAGGAUGUUGUCAACAUUUAACUUUAUACGAAGGGGCUUGCCAUUGAUCCAACCAAAGUAGCGUACACAAUCAUGUUUGGCAGACCCUCAAGGUUUUGUGUCGACACACCAUCAUGGAUCCAUUUGGAUGUGUUGGAAAAACUAACGACAUACUAUUCAACGACAGGUUUUUUUUUGAAGCCACUUAAUUUCCUAAACAUUUUGUAGUGGAUCCAUAUACACCUUAAGAAUAUCAAAACUUUAUAUGAAAGACCAAAUGGUGAUGCAACCUCUUGGAAUUUUGUUGAAUGUUAAUUUCAGGAUUUAGGCGGGUGAAACAGCAGUGGAUCAGGAGGAUAAGAUGGUUGUGCCUCCAAGGAAGGAGCAUGAGGUAGAGAAGAAACAAGAACCAAAGCAUGAACCUGAGCCGGACUUUGGAGAAUAAAGAGAGGAAGAUAAAAACUUUGAAGGAAAAAAGAUGGAGAAUUCGACAUACAAUGACUUCAAAACACUAUAAAGAAUUACUCAAAGCCAUGGAAAUUAUUGAUGAAUAUAUAUUUUUAUUAAAAAUCGUCCUGCUGUUAAUCUGGAGAUGGCAAAGGUAUGGUCUUUUUGUAUGUGUGGUCUUUAUGUAUAUGUGUAUAGUUUUUUAUGUAUAUUAUAGUCUACAGUUUUUAUGUGAUUUGUUUGGUAGGUGGUUGAGUCUAAAUUUGAUCAUGUUUGAAUUCAAUAUUAUGAGUGAAGGUAUAGUUUCAUGUAGUCUAGAGUGACUUGGUUGGCACAAAGUUGAUUCUAAAUGUGAAUUUGCGUGAUUCAGUAUGAUGGAAAAAGUCUAUGGGGAAGAUGGAAAAAAGUCUCAAGAGACUGUGAACUUGUGAUUGAGUCUUACAUAAAGCUCUUAUGGGGCACGUUGAAGAGGCUGAAUGAGGCUGAGAACGUCAAGAAAGAGUUGGCGCUGGAAGAAUAAUUUGAUCCCAAUAUUGGUAAGGUGGAGCACGGGAAAGCUAUUUUGGUUUUGCAAAAAUAUCUUGGUAAAAAGAGUUAUACUAACACCCUGGUGUGUUUGUAAUACAGGUAAUGAAUUCUUCCAUGAGCAGAAGUAUCAUGAUGCUGUGAAAUAUCACACUGCGAAAAGAAAAAAAUCAAAAAGGCUUAAGAGCAUCCACAACGCAGGGUUCAUAUGAAUCCUUAACCCCUGCAUUAGAAUAAACAAUUAAUAAAAGAGUGUGAUACUGGGAAGGAGCAGUCCGUAGAGAAGGGCUUAACGGAUCGAAUCCGUAGGGACGUGGCAGCUUCAUAUUGGACCGGUCGAAGGGUAAACGGGCACGAGGAAACAAAAAUGAAAUCAUUCGCGAAGAAGAGAAAAAAAAAAGGCGACGGUUUAUGCGAUUCGAUCUCCUCGAGCCAUCAAGGUUAAGGAAAAUGGGACAAGACUACAUCUACACCCAGCCUUCUUCAUCUGAGGACUCCUCCCUCGAUAUAACUUCUCUUCUUCAAGCAGAAGCUGAUAUCUACGCGGAUGAAGCGCAGAGCAGGCAUAACAUCUCCGAGCCGUAUCACUACCCUCCACAACCCGAAGCUGACGAUGGAAUCCCGAAGACUUGCUACUGUGGUGCUGACCCUGUUGUUGCUGCGUCGUACACAAGCAAAGACCCAGGCCGAAGGUACUUCACGUGUGAGAACUCCGAUGAUGGAGACUGCCACAUCUGGAAAUGGUGGGAUGUAGCCGUAAUGGAAGAGAUGUCUGACUUUCAGAGACAACUUAGGGAGGUUAAGUCUCAACAUAACGAGAGUGAGCAGAAGCUGGUUAAGGUAGAGGAGACGGUGUCGGAGUUAUCUAAGAAGAUCUCAGGGAUUAGAGAGAUGUUCCUAUUGGCUGUUUGUGUCCUGCUGAGUUUGUUCAUCGUAAUCUUUAUGGUGUUCAUGUUGGGUGGAAAAGCUACGGAGGUUGAAAAGGCGAGGGUCUGAGCUUUGAAAGGUGCAGUACAAGGCCUUUGUUUUCUUGCGGUUGUUUUAUCUAUCACGGGUGCUUGGGAGAUGUGAAGGUGUUUUGUUCUCUACCAGAUGUGACCCUAGUCACGGGUUCUAGCUUUUUUCACUUUCACAAUUAUAUAAGAUCGGAUUGUAUAAGACUUUAACCUAUCUCCUUAGCUUUCUUUCAUCUUCCUUGUAAGAUUUACUCUCUACUACUCCAUGUAAACGAUAUCAAUCUAUUUGCUAAGUACUUCUGUUUACAUCUCUACUUGCCUUUAACUCAAGGUUUUUGUCUCUGUCACAUAUUUGAAUGAAUGUGAAGCUCUUUAAAUGUUGUUCGUAUUAGUUUCUUCUUCUUGUUAAUGUAUAUGUUGUCUUCUCGAACGGUUUGUGUCUCUGUAUUAGUUUCUUCUCAAAAUGUCCCUUAAGUGAAAUGAAGUAUAUAUGUUGUCUUUGACGUGUACCAACAUAGCUUCAGCACAUUUAUAAUGAGUUAGAAAUGAGUUAGAAUUUUACAAAUUCCAAUUUACAAAUUUUCAUUAUUUAUUGGUUGUAUCAUUAUAGAUUUAUAGUAAAAAAAAAAAACAAAUAGCUAAAAUAUAAUACAUAAAAUAAAAGCAACAUUUAUAUUACAUUUUAAAUAAAUAAUAUUUAUUUAGAUAAAUCAAAAUAUAUUUUUUAUUUUAAAUAUUAUUUAUUCGUUAUCCGAGUUUGAUUCUACUUCUCUAAUGAACUUCAUUUUCACAUAUUAUAUUGAAGGUUGGUUUCCGAAAAUGUCAUCAUCAUCAUCAGAUGAACUCGAAGAACGAUUAGAAGAAGCUUUCGACGGUAUAUUUCAAAAUAUACACGACGACAUAGUCGCCGGCAGAAGAAAGAAGAAAGGGCAACGUACUUACAUAGAACGCAACCGUGAAGAAGGACACAUCCGUUUAUGGAAUGACUACUUUAGCGAAGAACCGACAUUUCCGAGACAUUUAUUCAGGCGUCGUUUCCGCAUGAACAAAGACCCACGCCGGAGGAUCUUCAACGACUACUCGAUAUUGGAGAGAAACGCGGAUUUCCUGGGAUGGUUGGAAGCAUUGACUGUAUGCAUUGAGAGUGGAAAAAUUGCCCAACCGAAUGGAAAGGACAAUACACACGUGGAUCGGGAAAACCGACAAUUGUCUUAGAGGCAGUAGCUUCGUAAGAUUUUGGAUUUGGCAUGCUUUCUUUGGUCCUCCAGGUACGUUAAACGAUCUUAAUGUCCUCGAUCGGUCCUCCGUUUUUGAUGACAUUUUGGAAGGUCGAGCUCCAAGGGUCCGGUACGUCGUCAACAGACACCAAUAUGAUUUGGCGUAUUACCUCACCGACGGUAUAUAUCAAAAAUGGUCAACAUUUAUCCAAUCUAUCUCACUCCCCCCAAGGUGCUAAAACAGAGUUAUUUACUAAAGUUCAAGAAUCAACUUGAAAAGAUGUGGAGCGGGCUUUCGGAGUAUUGCAGGCUCGGUCUGCUAUUGUUAAAAACCCGGCUCUUUUAUGGGACAAGGCGAAGAUAGGGCAGAUUAUGCGAGCAUGUAUCAUACUACACAAUAUGAUUGUCGAAGAUGAAUGGGAUUGAUACACUCAGUACCAUACAACUGAAUUUGAAGAAGGAGAGACAUCAAGAAGUUCACAAGUGGAUAUGUCCUAUAGUACCGAGAUGCCUUCAAAUCUCGGGAACAUGCUUGGGAUUCGGAAUCAUCUCCGCGAUAGGCAUAUACAUAAUCAAUUGAAAAUCAAUUUAAUUGAAAAUGUUUGGACUAAAUUUGGUGAUGAAUAUUAAAUUAUGUUAUGUUUAUUGUAUUUCAUUUAAUAAAUAAAAUUUUCAAUUUUACAUGUUUUAAAAUUUAAUAUUAUGUUAUUCGUAAGGA